AUGGCUCUGACGGUCAGAGAGAGGAGGCUUCCGCAGCUGCACAUCUCGCUCGACGUCCCCUCGUGCGCCUUCCGGCACCCCAACCCCAACCGGCAGCCGGCGGCCUCGACGUCCGCGUCGCGAGCCAGCGGCGAGUUCCGGUUCUCGGACUUCGACAGGCUCGACUUGCUGGGGCGCGGGAACGGGGGCACGGUGUACAAGGUUGCGCACCGCCGGACGUCGGCGCUGUACGCGCUCAAGGUGCUCCACCGCGGCGACCCCGGGGCCGCGUCGGAGGUAGACGCCCUGCGGCGCGCCGACAGCUCGCCGCACGUCGUGCGGUGCCACUCCGUGCUCCCCGCGGCGUCCCCCGGCGACGUCGCGCUCCUGCUCGAGCUCGUGGACGGCGGCUCGCUGGACGCCGUCGCGGCCCGGCGCGGCGCUGCGUUCCCCGAGGCCGCGCUCGCCGAGGUCGCCGCGCAGGCGCUGGCCGGCCUCGCGCACCUCCACGCGCGCAGCGUCGUCCACCGCGACGUCAAGCCGGCGAACCUCCUCGUCAGCGCCGACGGGGAGGUCAAGAUCGCCGAUUUCGGCAUCGCCAAGGUCCUCUCGCGCGCCGGCGACCACUGCGCCGCCUACGAGGGCACCGCCGCGUACAUGAGCCCCGAGCGGUUCGACACGGAGCGCCACGGACACGCCGACCCUUUCGCCGCCGACGUGUGGAGCCUGGGCGUCACCGUUCUGGAGCUCCUCAUGGGACGGUACCCGCUGUUCCCCGCGGGGCAAAAGCCCAGCUGGGCGGCGCUCAUGUGCGCCAUCUGCUUCGUCGAGCUGCCGUCGCUGCCGGACGGCGCAGCGUCGCCGGAGCUCCGUGCGUUCGUCGCCGCUUGCCUGCAGAAGGACUACACCAAGCGGGCGUCUGUGGCGCAGCUUCUCGCGCACCCGUUCGUCGCCAGAAGAGACGUCGCGGCCUCCAAAGACGCGCUCCGGCGACUGGUGGGCGGAGCCUGA